AAGCAAGAAACAGCUGCUCUAGUACUUCCAUCCCUGGCUCUGAUUGCUUCUCGGCAGCGCGUGACAGGACAAGCAGACUGAUAGUCUGAAAUAGAGUACAAGAGAGGGACGAGAGAGUAGAAAGAGAUCGAUCAAGAACUCGAGAUGUGCAUGGACAAGUCGGCCGUGCCGGCGAAGAUCUGGCUCGCCAUGGCCUCCAGCCUCGGCCUCCGCCCAACAGCUGGGCUAAGGAACCUGAGGAAGGAGGUGAGGACGUGCGAGUACCGCGACGUGCACGUCAUGUGGGAGAUGCUCAGGGACAUGGGCUCCCCGGCGCCCCUGGAGGAGAAGGAGGCAGCAGCCGCCGCUGCCGUCAUGGCCGCCGCCGGCGCCAGGAAGAAGAAGGCGGCGUGGAGGCGGUUCGCCUACUACUGCUGCGCAUUCUGAUGUCGAGGAACUGACAAACUCGUAAACUGGACAUCGUUAGAGUUAAAGCAGAGAGCCAGAGAGGCCAUGUGAGCAUUGGCCCUCUCGCAGAGUGUGCAAAUAGGCGGACGCAAGUGCAUAGGUGGAUUCUGAUGUUCCAUUGGAGAUCAUCAACAUGCGCAAACAUAGGAUCCAGAUGAUGAGGACGUGAAUCCAGAUAAUGGGCAACCGAGACAGGCAGCAUACGUCAAAGCAAUCAAAUUCUUCUUGCCCGAAACGGGACGCCCAUGACUAUGUAGCAUCACUGCGUUGUGCUUCUCAAUGUUUGAGAGAGCUCUUAUUGAAUCCAUUCUACUGAUGCUUAGUA